AUGGGUGCCAUGGCUUAUUCUCUCGCCGUGGAAUUGCCGAUAUGGUCAAACAACACUGAAAGUCCCCUGAAACAUGAUUACUUAACACAUAUCGACUACGAGAAAUCUCUCGAUGUGCUCCUUCUCCUCCCUAAGUUUAUGAGCUUAAUUGCUGCAGCUACAGUCAGCUCAUUUGCAUAUGAACCUUCAUCUGCUAACCUUCUUAAUUCCCUGUGUCGUGAACCAACUCUAAAGUAUUACGAUACAUAUAUUCCUUUUCUUCAUCGAUUUGAAUCCAGAUGUCCACCAGGCAACUAUAUAUGGACUUGGAGUGUGCAGAGUAUGGUGGUUCUGUUAAAAACCAUAAAACCACUAGUUGGUGUUGGAGAGGCUCUCUCAAGGCUAAAUGUUGUAAUAAGACACUAUAAGGCUCUUCAUCCUAAGAAUGUGAUUGCAUAUGAUGAUGCGGUUUCUGAUUUGGGGAAAAUAUGUUAUUUUCAUUGCGAUAGUAUCGAAUUAGCAGAUGAAGGACAUCUUAUUAUGGCUAAAGUUGUCAAUGAGCUACUUUGUUCAAUGGCCGAAAGGUCAGACACUGCAUCUCCCUAA